AUGGUUGCGACUAUUACCAACGGGGAACUAAAUGAGUUCCAAAGUCCGCUACAAUUUUCGAAUUGCUUUACACUAUGCCCUGCCAUGGAUUUGGUCUCAUUCCAAUUGACUAAAAAUGUGUUGUUGGUUUACCGGCGGGGUAAUGAGAAAGUAUGGGAUAUUGAACCGUUUCAUAGCUCAGGCAGUAUGUGUAUUAAAGGAUUGGAAUGGAAACCGGACGGUAAACUAUUUGUUUUGUUUUCCAGCGAUGGUUCAAUUGAACUUAUUGAUACCAUGACCGGUGCCGUUCUGAGAGAGUUGGACUUAGGGCUUUCAAACUUGACCUGUGUGAGAUGGUUUCAUAAAGAUGGAGAGUCCAGGGCUACGCAUGGUAAAGGAAAAAACGUGAAAGGCAUUUUGAAGAGUCUCGAUAUCACUACUUUGUUGCCACGAACCGGUCACACCCAAUUGAACACUGUUCAAGAUAAAACGAAUCCAUCAAGAAAAAUGAGUGAUAUGGACAUGUUGUUUCUAGGGACGAAAGAAGGGAAACUCAGUUGCAUAUUUGCCGGGAUUUUUAUUGUCGACGAUAUCGCUCAAAAGUCAUUUGUGUCUUCAAAGAUUAUAAAUAUAGCAUCAAACACCUCUUUAACAGAUCAGUAUGUACUGGUAGAGGUAGGAAACAAGAUUAAACUUUUUAAAGUUAGCCUAAAAUGUCUUGAAAAUGAUAACGACUUUUGUGAAUUAUUGCUAAUUUGUACGAGGCUGUUGAACUUAUCCCUUCAUUUUAAAAAGUCAAUCAACAGCAUAGAAAACCAGUAUAAGCCGUAUAUAGAGUACACAAUUAGAAUAGUACAGCUUUUAGGGAGUGAAAUAAAGGAAGACGGGGGAACGGACCCAGAUUCUGGUAUCUGUCAUGAUGCAGCUGAUGAGAAACUGAAUAUAGGUGACAGCAGUAUCAAUCCCAUAUAUGACUUGUAUGACUUAUUAUUAACAGGAUCACUGUCGAAAGCAACAAAAAAAUGGAUCACCGACUACUUGGGUGAUAAAGGUAUCAAAAGGUGGACCAAGUUAGGACGUUCAUAUUUUGACACCGCCAGAAACCAAAUUUAUACUGAAAUAAUAUCAUCAUUGCAUCUUUUGAUAGUAUACUUGACAGAUUUGAGUGGGAUAUGUCGUUUGAAUCCAGAAAAGAGUUCUAUAAAGCCCUUGGAUAUUGAAGAAUGCAUUAAAAUGACAGAGAAUUAUCUCAAGUAUUCCUACAAGUUUAUGAUUCAAUUGAAUGAUUAUCAAAAGUACUUUGAACAAACAAUAGCAUGGUUAUCCAGCGUUUUGUCAGAAAUAACAACUGAUGAAAAGAGAAAUACAUCAUUUGCUACAAACGAUAUCACUAAUUACCUAAUGUUCCUCAGUGAAAAACUGAGUUUCUCUGGUGAUAACAACGAAGAAAAAGUUUUGAACGACUCAAAAUUGGGUGAUUUUAGCAAAAUAACGGAUACAGUGUUGAACAAGCUAUUUGACAAAGUUAAAAAUGAUAUCAGGUUGCAUGCCCAAGCUGAUCAAAGCAUUGAGUUAUUUUGUGGUAACUAUCCAACGGCAAGGAACCUGAAGCUUUCAAUAUGCACUGAUACUAUUGGUCACGCUUCAAUAUUGUUGGAAAAUUCCAAGUUGGUUAUCAGAGAGAUCCAUUUAAAAGACUUAUCGGGUGACGAGUUUGUGUUUUCUCUUCCAUGUAAAGAACCUGUCGAAUAUGAACUCAUAUCACCUACUGUGCUGAUAAUAUUGCUAAACGAUUCCCUAGAGAUAUACAAUAUCUCAUACAAAAGUAGGAAGCUAAGUUUACAAGCAAAGUAUAACUUCAGCAGUAUAGACCAUCAAGAAGAUCACGUGUUCGAAGGAGGGUCAAUGACAGUCAACCAAAAAAGGAGUAUCAUUUGUAUUUUGGAUUCCUCAAAAAGGAAGUAUCUUUGGCUGAAUUAUUCAAUCUAG